UGUCCGGGAAGCCGGGCCGGGCGUACCCCGCUCCUCACUGGGGCUCUCAGCGGGAGGCGCCAUCACCCCAUCGUUCCCCACGCUUGGCUUAUGGCGCAAACCAGGCUUCGUAGGGUCAGCUGCCGUUUUUCUGCUCCGGGGGUGGGUUUCCCCCUGGCCAGGCUUCUGCAAGACCAAAGGGGCAAGUCCCAACCUUUGCAAGGGCCUGGGGCUGCCCGGUGUCCUGUCCUGGGCUGUUGAUGGCGGGGCCCUGGCUGUCAGGCUGUCUCUCGGAAACCGGAGGGCCUGCACUACGGCGGUGACCGAGGAGAGAGGGAGGUGGCUGUGUCUCUCGCUCCCGGGGACGCAUGCUGGGCUCUCAGGCCCCGCUGGUCCGCCGAGCACACCGGCACCAGCCCGCUGGGGGAGACGCACUUGCUGUUCAGAACCGAGUUAGUCCUGACGCUUGUGGUUUCCUCGAAGGGGGGUCACAGCCACAGAUGCAGGGGUCUAGCAGCAGGGCGCAGAUUGGGCACAGCACGGACACGGGUAUUGACAGCCACAAGGCAGGGUGGGUGCUGGUGAUACGAAAUUCAUCCACAUAGUGGGGUUCUGGCAGAAGCCACGCAGUGGGGCUGCUGCUGAAAGCAGGCCUGGCAACCCCCCCCCCCCACCAAGCUCUGCAUGGGAACCUGCAGCCCUACUGAGGGUGGGGGUCUGAGGGAGGGUUCUGGCCAUAACUGGGUGAUGCCGAGAGGGACCGGAGGCCCACGGCCUGUCUGCAGAGCUCCGGGAGUCUGGGCGGUCUGGUCUAGCGGAGAAGCCCAUCUGCGCCCGGCCCUUCCAGGUCCCUGAGACUUCCUGUCCAUGGACCCCAAUCCCCGCUUCCACAAGACCUCUCCCCCACCCAUUUGGGGGACUUCAGACGCUGUCUAUGCUGAUGCCUCCCGGUGUCCAGGCCCGUGGGGGGGGUGGGGGCUGAUGGCAGGAGGGGCAGCAAGCUCCGAGCUGACCCUGCUUUGCCCACCAUAGCCACCCCCCGUGGCGCCAUGCCCACGCGCUCCUGCGGGAGGGGCGCGCCCGUGGCUGCCCCCUGCCCUCCCACGCUGGAGCCCCCCCGACCCAGGGACCACCCGCGCGCAAGCCGAGGCUCCAAGAUGACAGAGGGCACGACGGGGCCCCGCCGGGAGCCUCCCCUCUCCCAGCACAGCCCUGGCACACGCGCAGCGCGACCUCGGGCCCCUGCCCCUGCACCCCGGCGUCACCCACACAACGUGGCUUCUAACGACAGGUGUCGUGCGGGCCGGAAGCUCAGGUCCCGCCUGAGCCUACUCCCACUCCUUCCCCCCCCCGGGCAGUGCGCAGGCGCGCCGACUGGGCGGGGCGGGGCCUAGGGGCGCGCGGCGGUUAGGGAGCAGUGCGCAGGCGCGCGAGGCUCUGCCGGGCCUGCGCGGGGGUGACGUCAAGGCGCGCGACGCAGGACCUGGUGCCGGCGCCGGCGCCGCCUGAGGCGGCGAGGCCAGGGCUUCCGAAGGCCCGCGGGGCGGUGGACGGCCUGGCACCAUGUUCGGCUCCAGCCGGGGCGGCGUGCGCGGCGGGCAGGACCAGUUCAACUGGGAGGACGUGAAGACCGACAAACAGAGAGAGAACUACCUGGGCAACUCGCUGAUGGCCCCCGUGGGCCGCUGGCAGAAGGGCCGCGACCUCACCUGGUACGCCAAGGGCCGGGCGGACGGCGCGGGCCUGAGCCGGGAAGAGGAGCUGGCGGCCGUGCGGCAGGCGGAGCAGGAGGCGCUCAUGGCGGCGCUAGGCUACAAGAACGUGAGGAAGCAGCCCACCGGCCUGAGCAAGGAGGACUUCGUGGAGGUGUGUAAGCGGGAAGGAGGGGACCACGAGGAGAAGGGAGUGGACCGGCUGCUGGGCCUGGGGAGCUCCAGCGGCUCCGCAGGCCGAGUGGCCUUGUCCCGAGAAGACAAGGAGGCCGCCAAGCUGGGGCUGUCGGUGUUCACGCACCAUCGCGUGGAGAGCGGUCGGCCAGGCUCCUCCCCAGCCUCGGCCAGGAAGAAGCCUCGGUCGGAGGAGGAGAAGGCGGAGUCCGGCCCCGAGAGCCACAGGAAGAGCAGGAAAGAGAAGAAGAAGAAGAAGAAGAAAAAGCACAAGAAAGAGAAGAAGAAAGACAAGGCACACAGGAGCAGGGUGACCUCGCCGCUGCCCCCCGCUUCUGCGGGAUCCGGGCACCGCGGGCACGGCUCGGACUCGGACGGCGACUCCUGGCCCUGCUCCAAGAAGCGGCGCCCGCACCACAGUGACUGACACCGGCCCCCACGGCAGCUUCCGGAGGGGCGUCCGGGCGUCCCACCUGCAGGGCCUGCCCCGGGGGCGACGCACUGGCCUAGGAAGGCGCCGCACAGCCGCUUCUAUUUUCUUUCGCUCUUUGUACUUAAAUAAACUUAUUUUAAGGGGCAA